AAAGUUUUCAGCUAAUGCCUGGCACAUGGUGGUGGCUCCAGGCCAUGUGAGGCAUCAGGAGGAUGACUGUGCCGGUGCCAGAGACACCUGCAGGCUGUCCUGGGUUGGCUGCUGGGAAGGAGAGGCUGACAGGACAGUACUUUGCUGAGUCUGCCUGUAGGCUACAGCUAGCAGAAAAGUGACCAAACUUGGACUCUUCCCGUAUGGAGAGAGCCUUGCAAGAAAUUCUCAUUUGCAUGGAGAUGGGAAGUCUAUUUUUCCUACAGGCUGCAUGUCAGGACCCAGAAGAAAGAGGCAUUUCUUAAUAAUGAUUAAUCAGCAGUAUUGCAAAGAAGAAAGAAAGGAGAAGAAUUAAGGAAAUGAGAUGCUAAGAAAACGUGGGGAAAAACGAUCUCCCAAAGGCAGACCCACCCAGUAAACCUUGAUGGCAUUUCCUCCUGGCCACCUGCAUAAAAGCAGCCAGCCCUCUCCACGUGGCACAGAGCCUCGAGAGAGGAGACCAGGCGACGCGAGGAGCAGCUCAGCAGGUACCCUCCAUCGCCCUCCUGACUCUGGCCUUCUCAGAUGCAGGUGGGUGGCCGGCUGGCACUGUGUGUGUGUCCCAGGUGCUGGGUGUUUGGUAGGAUGGGGAUGCGUACUCCACACAGGGUGAGCUUUCUAGUACCUUAUUUUCAAUGAGAAGAGAUGGAGAGUGGGGAAAAAAGGGGGAAAGGAAAGGGAGGGAGGGAAGAAGGAAGGAAGGAAGGGGGUAAGAAUCUACUAAGAUUACUUACGUUACUUUUGGAGCAGACAGAGCUCUGGGAUACUUUCUACAGACCUCUCUGCCAGUGGGAUCUCCUUCCUUUGUUUUGCCAGAAAGAGAAAGGUUGAAAAAGAAAACUCAAGUUCUUUGGCAUAAUGCCUGCCACAUAGUGAGGCUUCAAUAGACACCUUCCCAUUGAUGGGAUGAUAUCGAGAUAAUGCCUGCCACAUAGUGAGGCUUCAAUAGACACCUUCCCACUGGUGGGAUGAUGCGGAGAUGAUGCCUGCCACAUAGUGAGGCUUCAAUAGACACCCUCCCACUGGUGGGAUGAUGCCAAGUCAAGGAGAAACAAGGCAAAAAUGGUUUUCUAAUUGGGCUUCGGAGUCCCUGGGUGGUAUAAAUGGUUAACGGGCUAGAUUACUAACCAAGUCCACCCAGAUAUGCUUUAGAAGAAAGGCCUGGUGAUCUACUUCUGAAAAGUCAGCCAUUGAAAGCCCCAUGGAGCACAGUUCUCCUCCGAAACACACAAGAUCACUGUGAGUUGGAAUCAACUCAAUAACACACAAGAUCACUAUGAGUUGGAAUCAACUCGAUAGCAACUGGUAAAUGGGAUUUGCUGUUUCUUGGCCCUCUGGAGGAGGAGCCCGGGAGUCCCAAAGACAUUUUGGGGAGUGGUGGUGGGGUGGGGGCAAGGGCAGUUGUGGUUCACAUUCUCACCCCUAUGCUGUUUGUAGUUAUGCUCUGAAGCCCCCCUCGGCUGGCUUCCUAUGUCUGGUGUUCCUCUCCCUGCCACUGCCCCCCACACUGCAUGUACCCUACCACACACCCGGAUGCAAACGAGAGCUUGCUGGGUGGAGGGCUCUGGGCUGGAGUAACAGUCAAUUCACACGUGUUGGCAUAAGAUUUACCUUGUGAAGCUGAGCUCUGUGGGUAAAACUUGAGCUAAUGCCGAAAAGAGUCAGAGGGAGAUAAUUCCUAAUUCCUAGGGCAUAUUACCAAUCCAGUUCUUCCCGUUUAAUUUAUUAAAAACAAAGCUUUUUGCCCCAAUUGACAGAGUGAGCUGUGGUGACUCAUGGCAGAGUGAUCAAAAAACAAUUAGCACACAAAUAUUCUCCUUAGGACAGGGGAGAGCACUGUAGCAUGCUUUCUUGGGGUGGAGGUUGGGACAUGGGGGCUGGGAGGAAAGGCUCAAAUUCGAUGAGGAGGAGACACAUGCCCCUGGAAGGCCACCAGGCUGAGGUGCUGAGCCUGUUCUCUUGGGCACAGUGUGGCCUGCAUUGGAGGCCCAGAGGGAAAGCCAAGCAGGGUCCUCUCUUUUGUUGCUUGCUCUCUCUCUUGGCUGGGCAGCUAGUGACUUCCCCCCUUCCGGAACCCUGCAGGACAUGAAGAUGCAGGUUGUUUCCCUUUGUCUCCUGGGCACGAUGCUCUUCCUGUGCUCAGUGCAUGCCCGAAGUCUCAAGAGAUGUCCGCCUUCCAUGGACAUGAACCCUGUAAAAGAGAGCUUCCAAGAAAUCAAAGGCGCCAUCCAAGCGAAUGACACCUUCAAAAAUGUCACUAUCCUGUCCAACCUGCACAGCAUUAAGCCCAUAGACGUGUGCUGCAUGACUAGGGAGCUCCUGGAAUUCUACAUGAAGAGAGUGUUCAAGCACCGUGAAGAGCUGAGCCUCCAGAUCUCUAGAGAAGUCAGCAGCAUUUCCAAUUCUUUCCUCCCCCUGCAGAGGACUGUGCAGCCCUGUAAGAAGCAGAGUCUGUGUCCCUGCAGUGAGGAAGCCAUCAGCGCCACCAGAACCAUCAUCAACAACUACGAUCAGGUUGAGACAGACUCCCAGGAGACCAGAAGCAGCAGCAUUUCCUGAGUUCAGGUAAGAGAACUUCUUCUCUCGCUAUACUAUAUCCUGGGGAUCAGUCCAGUCCCCCCAACUGAUUUACUCAGGUGUGUUCGCCUGAGUAUACCUAAAGGAACCUUUUCUAUUAGAACUAAACCUCUUAGAAGACAGGAGCUGCCAUGUUUAUCUUUGUACUCCAGUACCUAACACUACAUUCAGGACAGUGAGUGCUCAAGGAGUGUUCAAGACUGCUCACGUCAAUCUCUGUUUAACUCCUAUUGAGCACUAUGUGCUAGGUGUCUACAUCAUACAUCAUUCUAUUUAAAUGUCAAAACAAGUUCCUGGGGGUAGGACUAAUUAAUAUCAUUUGGGGGCUAAAGAAACUCAGAGAGGUCCGUUCACUUGCCCAAAGUCACAUUUUGGCUUGCCUGAGAUGUCUCCAUUUUAAAACUGAAGGCUCUGUGUACCAGGAACCCUCAGUCUUCGGCAAACCAUGAAGGUUGGUCGCCUUCCACGGAUGGAAAUGGUAGAGCAGGAAUUUGGACCCGUUUCUCUCGUCUCCAAGCCCGAAGUUCUCUCUGAUACUGCUGAGUUUGGUUUGUUUAUUCCCUUUUCUUACAUUUGGCAGAUAUAUAUAUAUAGUACCUAGCAUAUUGUCUGGCACAGAAGAAGGUUUCAGUAAGAGGUGAAGAUUAUCUGUGCUGUGUCAAGCCUUACCGCAGCCUCUGGCAAAAAGAAAGAUUAAAUAAAUGUUUUUAUGCUGUUAUUUUAUGUUAUGUUAUAUGUAUGUUAUUUUCUUCUGAGAGCUUCAACGUAGUGAAAAAAAUAUUGAAAAAUGGAAAAGUGAGUGUAUUAAAACCGAAAAACCAAACCCAUUGCCGUCGAGUCAGUUCUGACUCAUAGUGACCCUACAGAACAGAGUAGAAGUGUCCCUUAGAGCUUCCAAGGAGUGCCUGGUGAAUUUGAACUGCCGACCUUUUGGUUAGCAGCCGUAGCACUUAACCACUAUGCCACCAGGGUUCCCAGUAAGUGUAUUAGAUCUCACAUUAUUAUAAGUUAAGUAUUUUAUUUAUAACCCAAACAGAAUUUAUUACAAUUGUUGGUUGCCGGCUUUAAGGAAAGCAAACAUCAAUAAUAUUUUCAUAUUUCUGGAAAAAUUAACAAUUAAAAUACAUAAAAACAUGUACAUAGCAUGCAUGUUGUUCCUUUUGCCUUGAGUUUCAGUGUGGCUCAUAAUACACCAUUUUUAUUUAAAAUUCUAUAUUUUGCUCAUUGUUGAUUUCUUAAUUAGUUUUAAUUUUUUAUUAAGGUAUUAUUUAUCUUGAUGACUGAGUUUUUUUGGUGACUUCUUAAAUUGUGUGCCUGAGGUGGGUGUCUCAGUGGUUAAGCUUAGGCUGCCAACCGGCAGUUUGAGUCCACCUAUGGGGCAGUUCUACUCUGUCCUAUAUGGUCUCUAUGAGUCGGAAUCAACUCAAAGGCAACAGGUUUUUGGUUUAAUCCUAGGCUACUAUCGUUUUUUAAAUUCGGCAAACACUCUUAUUGAGCAGCCUUAUCCCAAAAGGAAAUUUCUCUCACUACUUCUCUUUCUUUGGAGAUCAUUCACUUUGCCUCUGGCCUGAGUUGUGGAAUCAGGAAAGAGCAUUCUCUUGGAUUCGACCCAGAAGCGCCUGGCUACAGCCGUCCUCCAGAGGGCGCUGUGGAGUCCCAGACACCUAAGGAGCGAGGAGCCGUGUUUCUUGGAAUCCGCCUGAGUGCCCUUUGGGCCUUACCUUUCCGUGGCAGCAGGAUGGUGAUGAAAUCAUUGAGUCUCUGUUUGCCUUCGGGGCUGAAAUCAAUCCAUUAUCCCCAAAUAACCAAUCUGAUCUCAGACAAAUGCCAACAGAGCUAAGCUCCUUGCCCCCUGGGGUUGGUUAUAAAUCCAGACAAUUCUCCUCAAGUGUUUUUGGUGGCAUAGACACAGCUUCUGGUGAGGGCCUGUUUUUCUCCAGUUGCCCCAUGGGCCUAAGAGGACCAGAAAGGUGAGCUACACUGGCAUUCUAAGGCUAUAUACGUCAAUUCCCUAAAACAAGCUUUGGCAUUUUCCCUGAAAUGCCAUCAUCGUCUAUACUCAUUGCAAGGGCCUGCAGCUCCAGGCUUCACCUGCUGGGCAAUGUCCUUGGGGCUGGGAUGGGGCAGCAUAAAGGAGCUGGGACCUUGUGCCACCAACUCACACUCAGGCCC